GCUGCCGCUGCCGCGCUCCGGCUCACAGGCGCCGAGCUGCCCGGUGGGAGAGCCCGCGGGAGGGAGGGGGCCCGCGUUCCGCUGCCGUUCUCGGCACUCCGAGGGUCAGCGGUGGGAGGACUUUCUUUGGGGACUUUUUGACUCGCACGGCUCGUGCAGCUCUUCCAGGGAGGCGGGAAAGCCACGGCCCGAGGAAACCCCCAACCACUCGUGGCUUCGGGCCGCGCGAAGGACGGGGAAGGGGACGCCCCUAGAGAGGCGGUGGGUAUCUCUGGCCAGCUGCGUGCAGCAGGGAGGAGCAGAAUCGCCGAGGGAGAUAAACGUCCUGCAGGCCUUUGUUUCUUCAGAGAUAAUCUCCUUCGUUCUGGUAGCACGUUCUAGGAAGAAUUCUGUACUUUCAAGGAGGCGUAGACAUUGGGGCAAGGGGCAUAGCUGUGCAUGCUUGCUACCUCUUUUUCUAACCUGAGGCUCUUGUGGCCCUUUACAAAGGGAAGCGGCUACUUAUACUCGUUUUACAUGUAGGGAAAGUACAGUCCUGAGAAGAAAGUUAAUUGCCCCAGGCUACACAGCUCAUCAGUGGGAGAAAAGCUGAAACUCACCUGCGGUUGCUUGAGUCUGCUGCUGCUUGCAUGUGUGGAAUGAUCCUCUGCUAGUGUAAUUCUGGUUUGAUUUUGCUUGCUUCGGCUUAUGCUCAUGCGAGAAGCUCCAGGCAGUGGGUGAAUCUCCAUAGAAUCAUAGAAUCAUUUAGGUUGGAAAAGAACUUCAAGAUCAUCAAGUCCAACCAUGAACCAUGCCCACUAAACCAUGUCCUGAAGCUGGACUGGGGUCUGACUUGCAAGAGCUUAUAACUAUUUCACUGCCGUUAUCUGACACAUUCCCAAAAAGAAAGAUGAUGGAGGGCCAAAAGGAUUUGAUAUUUGAAGAGUGUCAAUUCUUACUCAAAGUUGAACUAAGGGCAAAAGCAGUGGAUGGGCUUCCUUUCAGGAAGUCUAUCUUAACCUUCUAACCCAACUCAUCUUUAGCAUGGGCCAUUCUUAUGCAAGGGAACGUUCUUCCCACCCUUUACUGCUUUAAGAUCUGUUGCUUGUUGUGCACGCAGACCUAAGCUGCUACUUUUUUUUGUCCAUAGAACCUCUAAAUAGAGCUCUGAUCUUACAGAGUAUAAAUAACUCAUAUUUGCCAGUAACUAUAGAUUUUUCCACUGUCACUGUGAAAUCCUAUUCGCUUCUCCCAGAACUUGCAUAAUUGGUAAAAUUCACGCUCUUAGAAAAAGCAGAGGGUACUAAGUGUGUGGUACGACUUGUCGUCCUUUCAUCACUGAGCAACAGGAGGAUGGUUUUUGCUUACCUUUCUGCCUGCUUGCUGAUGAGCGGGCAUCUUUCAGCAGUCGUGUUCUGCAGAGGUGAAACCAAGCGGCUCAAAGGUAGGUAGAUAGAUGCUGUCUAUGAAUAAGGGUGCCGAGCUGGUAUAGAGAAAUGGAACUUCUGACUGGGGGACAGCUAAUGACCUUAGUAACACAGCUGGAAGUAGGGCAUGCGGAUCCUGACAUGUAGGCUUCUGCUCUAGUCGCUCUUCGUAACUCGAUAAAGUCUUUGUUUGGCUUGUCAGUGCUUGGAUUACAAUGGCGCUGGACAUGGGGAGAUGUUAUUCUGCCACUUAGUUGAUAAAAUAAGUUCUUCGGUGAAAUGCUGUGGUCAUGAUAGGAGUUCACAUGGUUGAAGAAGUUUGUACCUAUGAGAGAUUUUACUUGGGGCUACUUAUUUCUAAUGCUUUUGAUUUAGAGAAUGUAGCAGUCACGCAUGCCUGACCGUUGAAGAAUGGCAAAGUCCUCUCCAGGUACUGUAUGGACGAUGUGCUUUUUGUUUAGGGCUUUGUUUUCUGCUUCGUUGCAGCUGGCCCGGAUUCAGACCGACAGCGUAGUUGAGAUGCUCCGUGAGCUAUACCCUGACCUCUGCUUUGAGAUUGGGGAGAAAGAUGGAUUUCAUAAGCUCCUGAUGAUUGAAGCUCUGAGUAUGUCAUGCAGAUGGUGUUAUGUUGCUCCAUUUGAGAACCUGGUAUCGCUCUGGCUGCACCCCACUGUACCUUAGGGACAUUUUUCUGCCUGGGGCUUGAGGCGUUCAACAGGAGUAAUGUGAUCCCAGCCUUGCAGUGAAGAGAACUGCCGAGUACCUGUUUACUGGCACUGCAGAGAAAGACAGUGGCAGUUUCCGUUGGGCCAGCUCUUCCCUAAACCUGCCCUCUUUCCCCUUGUUCUCUUUUUGAGGACAGUGAAGAAAAGUCUCAAUUUCACUUGAGCGCAGUGUAUUUCUAGAAGCGAGCUGCUCUUAUAUUUACCUCGAGUCUGUGUUCAUGCAGUAGCGUGUGAUGCUGUACUGUUCGUUAGGUGUUAUGUAGAUAUUUCCAGUCUAGGCCUAGGUGCUUUGAUGGAGCCUCACAUUUUACCUGUGCUCUCCCUCUGAGCAGUUGCCAUGUCGACAACUGGAGACAAGAUCUUGGAUACAGCGCUUUCCAAGAUUGGGGAGAAGAGCCUCUUCACCAAAGAGCUGGAAAACGCACUUGAAAGAAAUGAAGUUGACCUCGUGGUUCACUCCUUGAAGGACCUGCCAACUUCUCUUCCUCCUGGCUUUACCAUCGGUGCUGUCUGCAAAAGGGAAAACCCACUCGAUGCUGUUGUCUUUCAUCCCAAAAACUGUGGGAAAACACUGAGCCUCCUUCCUGAAAAGAGCGUGAUUGGAACCAGCUCACUUCGGAGAGCAGCCCAGCUCAAAAAGAAGUUCCCUCAGUUAGAAUUCAGGGAUAUUAGAGGGAAUUUAAAUACCCGCUUAAAAAAGCUAGAUGAGAAGGAAGACUUCAGUGCCAUCAUCCUGGCUGCUGCUGGGCUGAAGAGAAUGGGCUGGGAGAAUCGCAUUGGCCAGCUCCUAAGCCCUGAAGAUUGUCUGUAUGCUGUUGGACAGGGUGCCUUAGCAGUGGAAGUUCGUGCCAAAGACCAAGAGAUACUGAAUAUGGUAUCUGCCCUGCAUGAUGCAGACACCGUGUUACGCUGCAUUGCUGAGAGAGCCUUUAUGAAACGUUUGGAGGGUGGAUGUAGUGUCCCUGUCGCCGUCAACACCAUGCUGAAAGAUGGCCAGUUGUAUUUGACAGGAGCAGUCUACAGUUUGGAUGGAUCCGAUAGCCUGAAGGAGACUAUGCAGACCAGCGUUAAUUAUCCCCAACAGAAUGAAGAUGGACCAAAUGACGACGUGCAGCAUGUUGGCAUCACAGCCAAGAAUGUCCCUGGUCAGGCCCAGGAAGCUGCAGAGAACCUUGGUGUUGAACUAGCUAGUUUACUUCUGAGCAAGGGAGCUAAGCAUAUCCUUAGCGUGGCAAGGCAGCUCAACGAUGCCCGCUAAACCUGUGGUGUGCUCUGCACGACUGCUAGAACUCUAGCAAGUCUUUGCAGCUAUGCUGUCAUCCUCCUUUGGAGGAAGAGAUUUAUUUAAAUGCCCAGACUGGUCUUACCCGAUGUUUGGGCACAAAAACUUGAAAUACUAAGUUAACUAACUUGAGUAGUUUACGCUGUUCAGGGUUUUCAUCCCUCUCUGCAUUUCUCUAAAUUGCGAAGUGUCUCUGUGAAGGUUUUUCAACAAUUUUCGUAGCUAGGAAGGUUAAAAAAAUAAUAAUUAACCCCUCCCCCCCCAAUCUCUAAGUGUUCUAUUCUGUUUAGGAACAAGGCACUCAUGACAGAUUAUCAUCAGAGACUCAGCUAGGAUGGUACUGAAGUGCUGUACUGUGCUGACAGUACCAAAGUACUUUCAGUAGUCAUUAAUAUUAUUUGGGCCUGUUCACUCAUCAGAACGCUGAAGAGGAAGACUGCUGUUAGGUUCCCAAUACCGGGUUCCUCAUAGUCAAGUAGCACAGAUGCCAUGUUUGCAGGGCUCAGUUAAGGUAAAGAAUUAAGUUUGCAGUUACCAGAUGCAAAUUUGUCAGUUGGCCAGUAAUAAAUUAGGAAGUACGCGUAAAGCCAGUCUGGUUUCCCUUGUACGCCUGCCUACGAGGGUAGUUAGUCUGAGACAGUCAUUCACCUACACUAACCUGUCAGCCAGGAGCUGAAGAGGAAGCCCCGAUUUGGGCUAUCGUGCCUUUCUCUGUAACUGCUAGCCCCUUCCUUUUACUGAGGCUCCUUGCACUCGCUACGGGGUCGCCAGCCUCUCGGCAGGGCCCAUGCGUUACAGUGCCUUGUAGAAACACUGAAACGGCACCUUGCCGGGGUCCCGUUUUGGAAACGAAGCAUCGUUUAUUCUCUAUGCAACGUCCACUGAAUGUAACAGACGAUAAAUACAGCCGAAUGACAAGCACCCCGGUGUAAGUCUAAGUCUUUACGGCGGAGCGGCUCUUCUGUUCGCAGUUCUUCUGACGGGGCUUG